UAAACCUUGACGCUCACUCUUCCAGACAUCAAAUCAUGGCAAUACACAAUAAUCUCCUCGCUUUGGGUGUACUGGCCUUCAUAGGCCUAAAUUAUCUUAUUUUGAAAAUUUAUCGACAUCGCUCUCAUGUCAAUAGACUACGUAAACAGGGCGUAGUGAGUCAAAGUUUCUCUCGUAUGAGUCUUAUCCAUUCUCUCCCACUGAUUCCAUAUCGCUAUAGUGUAUAACCCCAGGAUGGAGUUGGGUUACCGGUCAUUUACUGGUCUUCGCUCGAUAUGCUCGCAAAUUCCCCCGCGAUAUAACAAUGGCAAUUGUCAUGAAUGAAAUGUGCCUCGAAUUUCCCAAAACAGAGACAUUUAUUGUAGACCUGUGGCCAUUCAUGAAUGUGGCGAUAAUGACUUACAACGCUGAAGCCGGAUUACUUGUCACCUCGAAGUACAACCUUCCUAAGUCACCCACGACUCUCGAUACUGUAAAGGCCAUUGCAGGCGGACCUAAUAUUCUAACGAUGAAUGGGAGUGAUUGGAAGUAUUGGCGGUCUUUGCUCAAUCCCGGUUUCAGUGCGGCGAGCUUGGUGGACCACACUUCUUUCAUCGUCGAUAGCGUAAAUGUGUUUUGCAGAGCCUUGGAAGAGAAGGCCGAGAAAGGGAUCAUUCUCCUCGACGAUUAUGCUGUGAAGCUGACCUUUGAUGUGAUCAUGAAGGUGGUUAUGUAAGUAGAUCUUGGUGGACUUUGGGAAAUAUCUUCUUACUAAGCAUCGCAACAGGGACGCAGAUAUCAAUUAUCAGACAUCGGACCAUCCUUUUGCUUUAGCACUGGCCAACACCGAAGCUGCGCCUUCGGUCUUCGAAGCCCGAAAGUUUAAUCCUCUCCGUCCUAUUCGAGAAUGGUACAACGGAUAUAAGAUGCAGAACUUUGUUACGAAGAGUGUGAAGAAACGCUUUGAAGAAAUGAAACUGGAGCGUUUGGUAUCGUCAAACAAGAAACGUACAUCACAGGCAAAAUCAGUUGUGGGAAUGACAUUAGAUUCAUAUUUUAACGAAAUGUCCAGCAAGCAAAGUUUGGAAGGGGUGGAAUUAGCUCCAGGAUUCCUUAAUGUGGUCGCGUACCAAACCCGCAUGUUUCUUCUGGCUGGCAACGACACAACAUCAAGCACUAUUGUAUUCAUAUACAACACGAUAGCUCGAAACCCUGAAGUGGCCGCCCAACUACGACAAGAGCACGAAACUGUCUUCGGUCCUGAUGUCUCCACAAUCGGGGCUCAGCUCAAAGCAAAGCCUGCUCUUCUAAAUGACUGCCGUUAUACUCUAGCGGUUAUCAAGGAGACAUUACGACUCUACCCGCCAGUGGCAAUAAACAUGAGAGCAGGUCUUCCAAAUGUCUCCAUCCCAACCCUAGAUGGCGAUAAAGUACCAACCGAAGGGUGUUCUGUUAUGGUACAACCAUACGCUAUGCAAAUAAACCCCCGCAUCUGGGUCAGACCCAAAGAAUUCUUGCCAGAACGCUGGCUCGUUUCGUCUGAUCACGAACUAUAUCCCCCACCCAAUGCGUAUCGACCUUUUGACAUUGGGCCAAGAGCUUGUAUUGGGCAACAGCUCACACUCAACGAGAUGCGAAUUGUUGUGAUCAUGACAAUGAGAAGAUUCGAUAUAAAACCAGCUUACGACGAGUUCGAUGAACUUGCGCGGAAGAAUUUGGGGCUCUUGGGAAAACUGAAAAGGGGAAUCGUUGGAGAAGGGAUCAAGACCUUUGAUGGGGAUAGGGCUUACCAAACUGUGAAGACGGGUACCCACCCUUCGGAUAGUUAUCCUUGUCGGAUAGAAUUGCUUAAAGGUUGAGCCGAAAAGUAGGGGUUUUUUCUCUUUCCAUUGGUCAAAGUUUUGGUGUAGAUACG